CGAUAGCCAAUUAAUACUCCACAAGCAUUUUAUCGGUCCAUUGGUCUUUAAACACUGUUGGAUCCUAUUCUUCUUUCUUGAUUCAUACAUCGACUUCCGGCUUGACUCUAUUCUACAAGUGUUCUGCUGGAAGAUAAAAAUCUGGUCAUUGUACCGAAGCGCCACCGGGCGAAACCCUGUGACGCAAACCUCUGUCCUCAUCCUUACCGACUCUUCCUUAUCAGCCCAGCUUGCGCAACUCUUCUGGUGAAAAACAACUACGUGGAUGCGUGUCAGAAACACGAUUAUUUUACUUCCUUAGUUCUUCCGUAACUUUACGUGACUCUCUACCCGCGCCCGAUUUACUUCGAACCAUCAUUCAUUGGCCGUCACAUUCCGCACUGCGUACCCAGUUAUUACAAAUUCACGCCUGAUAUACGUAUUAUUGCAAGGUUAAGAGAGUUCCUCAAAAGGGAGAACGAUAAGACUGGGAAAGCCGCUGAGAAAGAGUGGAGACAGGUAUUAUUUUGCCUAUACGUCCCGUCAUAGGCGGCCGAUAUCUAAACCCCCGCGAUAAAACGUCUUGCAUAUACACAAGAAGCAAGUGCAGCCGACUCGUUCUUCUCGUUCCUUAGCCAAUUCAUUCAGGGACGAACCGCCGAAUUUCUAGCAGCGCUGCUGCCGAAAGGCCCGUUGCCGUAUAGAAAGCGCCAACUCCUUCUAGAGUGGAAAGAUCGCCACCAAAUCUCGCGAGGCUUAUCAGAUUGGUGACCAAUUUUUGGUCUAUUAUUAUCAAGAAGUAACGUCUAAAGAUCUCUGUUAGGUCUCAAAAAGGAGCUGGCGAGCAAAAAGUGUAAACGUUGGAAGCCGGACGCACUGCGGCCUCCCGUGUAGCCUGUAGUAUUACGACGCUUUGAUCGGCUGUAUCUCCGCGUUAGCUAAACGUUGCUUGAGAUUGGGGCGUGAGUUUGCGGUGAUUGGCGAUCUUUAUCUGUAGACGUCUAAAGGAAAGGAUAUUCCAAGGUCGUGGUGAAUUGGAAAAAGAGAAAGUUGGAGAAGGAAGGCCUCCCCUGUCGAACUUUGUGCAGGUGGACUAGAUCUUGAAGGAGGAUCGACGAUCAGGUGGGCGACUACGUGCCUCCUGCUGCACGGUUCGUGUCCGUCAAAACAUCCGUGCAUCCAUCACCAUCAUCAGCAGCCCAGCCAUCCCCCGGCAAACAACGCUCCCGUCCGUGCACAACCCAGCCAGCGGAAGACACAAGCCAUAGCACACGCAGGCGCAGAACAACCUGCACUGUCUGUCCACGCAGCGACACCGUCAGCCAGUCGGAGCUGCAACUCGGUUGCCUGUUGGCUAUCUCCUGGGCAAGCUCAAAGGGACGGCCAGCGACCAAGCCACGAGCUGCGCACUGUAUCCUAAGCACAUUACUGCCUGCUAAGAGUGUAUCACCCGCUUUACCCUGCCAGCCUGGCCUUUAGUGACCCGUAUCGGUUUGUAUCCAUUGUCGGAGAUUUGUAAUAGUUAUUGCCUCAAAAGCGUCAGAAAUUUGUAAUAUUUAUUGCCUCGAGAAGCUUUCACCUUGGCGCAUCCCUUUUACCAGCCGUAGAGUCUGUGACGCAUCAAGGCAUCUGAGAGAUUCCAUUGCAGAGAGAAAGCAAGAGAGCUUUGGCCAAAAGAGUGUUGAGAAGUCUUUUUGGUCGACUGUGGCAGCGACUUGAAUCCUCGCAUCGGUUCCCUGCAAUUUGUCGUGAGCCAAGGCUAGGUAGUCACUCGUGUCGACAUCUCCUGCCAUUUUCAUUCGAAUCUUGACAAUAUUGACACCACGCGCCCAUCAACCAGUCACAGGCCUUGAGUUUGUCCCGAGGACAGUUUGCACACAUCUGGCAUCAUCAAAAGAAUAGAAGAGACUUUGGUCCCUUUUUCCUCAACGCCUCGAGCACUCCAGCUUGCUUCGUUCUUCUCUUAUUGUUUUCUGGAAACCACAACAUACCUCCCCGCUUGUAUCCACUUCUAACACGCGUAUUGACUCUUUUGCCCAGCUGAGAAGUAAGAAGGUUACCUCAGCCCGGCCAGUUACAAAAGGCGGAACAUUGGUUUGGUACCCGCUUUUCGCCUUCAACGCCGCCCUUGGCAUAUGAUCGUUAAAGGAAGACUGCCGUUUUCAAAAGCCGGUUUUCUGUCUCAAGCAACAGCUUUUCCCGUCCAGGCAUUUCGUUCAUCGAGCCAUCGCGCCUUUUAUUCGCACACAAACUUGGCCGCAAGCAGGAAUUGAACCCCGUUGCCGACGAUAGGAGGCAUUCUCCCGCGUGUUGAAUCACAUUGCAAUACAGGGACACCUACAACAGUGGGCGUUCGAAAAAAAAAAUUCGGCGAAAUCGCAUGCCCUCCCCAUCUACUAUCGCAUUGCGUAACCCUACUGUACGAGACGACGCUUGCCAACCCCACUCCUUCAAGCAGAACAUGGCGGCUUCAAUCCCUGUUCCAAGAAUGUCUUCUUCUUCUGUUCACCAUGACUCUCAUCAUUUUCGGUCUUAUCAUCAUCGUCCAUCUUAUUCAUUAACGCAAUCAUCGGUUGAUAGACGUUCUCCAUCACAUUCCAAUUCUCAUCACUCUCAUCCUUACCGUCGAACUUCUCUCCAGUCAUCACACCGACGGACUCCUUCGAAAGAGCAUCCUCCUCGCUUAACCUUACCGCCUCCAAACACUAGUAGUUCCCGUACCUUUCCCUCAACGAGCGUUUCCUCUUCCAGGGGAAGAGACUUCCCUCGUCCUCCGCCACCCGAUCAUGUGUGGGAUUUUGGAACCGAUGCCAGACGUCCACCGAGUAGUAGCGGUGGGACAGAACGCGAGCGUACCCCAUCCCGACGUCCAAAUGGUGAAAAGUCUUCUUACGCUUUACCUCCUUUACGGUCUAUAUCAAACAGCAAUACGGGCGGUGCAUCACCAAACAUCCCUCCUAUCCCUCCCAUGGCCCCGCCUUCGCGCGACCUUCCUCUAGCUGGCCGCAAGAGUCCUCAUCAUCGUGUACCGCCCCACCCGUAUUAUGAUUACGAAUAUCAUCAACAGCAGCAGCAACAGAUAUACUACCCACAUGACCAUCAUCAUCCACAAACUGCUAGCCUAUCAGGGUAUCGCGAACAUGAACGGUACAGAGAGGACAUGUACGACUACCGAGGCCCGCCUGCCUCUUUUCCUCCACGCUUUCAUUACUCACAGGCUUACCAACAAGCUUACGACGCCCCAUCACCACCUCUCCGGGCUGUUGAGCAACUGCGUCCUAUGACGGCGAGCUACCCGCAUAUGUACAGCGGCUCUCACGAAAUAGAAAGGUCGAGGAGUCAGUCUUCUUUACCAGGGGCUUCCAGACCUAGUACUGAGGGGGAAGAAACUAGUACGGGAGAACCUGUCAAUCAGGGACAGUCUAGAAGGUUGGCACAUUUGAUGUCGGAACAAAAACGUAGAGAAUCAAUCAACUCUGGAUUCCAAGCGCUCCGGGCAACCCUACCAACAUCUUUAACAACAGAUUCCAAGGCGGUUAUCUUGCGUAAAGCCGUAUCGCGCAUAUCUUAUCUUGAAGGACUGCUGCAGAAGAACAAUAUUAGUUUUUCAAAUGAUGCGGCCAGUUCUGGGGGACCUUGUGAGCAAGAUCAAGAAGGAAAGAAGGAAAUCUGAGGAAGGAAAGUUUGUGUGAUGUAGCAAGAGUUAAUUCAAUAACGCUCCGAGGUUCAUCAGCAUAUAUCAUAAUGGGAAGGGAGGAGGGCGGGGAACGGACCUUUUCCUCAACCUUGGAACGAAUAGGACGUUCUCAUCAUCUUUGGUAUGACUAUCAACCACAUCUUUUCUGUCGAUUCCAUGUUCUGGUUUUCUUGAUUAGCUUUUGUAAUUGAUGUCAUCAAACUGUGUGUGAAGAGAGAAGGGGGCGGGGGAAAGGGUGGCGUAGUCAUAAAUCUGUGUUUGAAACACAGGUUACAUAUAUAUAUAUCUUGCAUGUAUUAACCUG